AUGGAGGAGUUGGCCCGGGAAAGCAUUAGCCUGCUGGCAUCCGCCUCCAACAAGCCCCCGCUGGACUCGGGGCCCCGGCUCGGCUCUAUGGGGGCCGUGUUCAUCAUGCUCAAGUCUGCCCUGGGAGCGGGACUGCUCAAUUUCCCCUGGGCUUUCGAUAAGGCUGGAGGGAUCCGCAGCGCCGUCACUGUGGAGCUGAUCUCCCUUGUGUUCCUGGUGAGCGGGCUGAUCAUCCUGGGUUACUCUUCGUCGGUCAGUGGGCGCUGCACGUACCAGGCCGUGGUCAAAGAGGUGUGUGGGGCCGCCAUCGGACAGCUGUGUGAGCUCUGCUUUGUUUUUAACCUCUUCAUGAUCGGUGUGGCCUUCCUCGUCAUCGUCAACGACCAGCUCGAGAAAUUGUCUGGCUCCCUGUAUGAGGUAGUGACUGGGUUGCCCGGCUCAGAGAUGCCCUACCGCUGGUACACAGACAGACACUUGGCCCUGAUGCUGCUCUGUCUGUUCCUCAUCCUGCCCAUGUCCAUCCCCAAAGAGAUCAGAGUCCAGAAAUACAUCAGUGUUUUAGGCACUUUUGCUGCUACCUACCUGACCAUCGCCAUCAUUGUCAAAUACUACACCAUGCCUUCUGUUCUGAGUCGCUCCACAGCUAUGCUCAGUUCAGGAACCGGUUCGUGGGCGUCCAUGUUCAGUGCAAUCCCAACCAUCUGCUUUGGUUUCCAGUGUCAUGAGGCAUCCAUUGCGAUUUACAGCAGCAUGGAGAACCAGAAGCUUUCCCACUGGGUGCUCAUCUCUGUGCUGUCCAUGAUCUUCUGCCUCAUCAUCUACUCACUCACGGGGGUUUAUGGAUACCUGACCUUUGGAAAGGAUGUGAAAGCAGAUAUCCUCAUGUCGUACGCUGGACAUGAUGUCCUGAUGGUGGUGGCCCGGCUGCUGUUUGGAGUGUCCAUUAUAACUGUGUAUCCCAUCAUUGUGCUACUCAGCAGGUCAGUGAUGCAGGAGCCCCUAAUGAGGUGGCGUUACAGACAGACUGGAGCAGUGAGCGAGGCCUUUGAGAGGAGUAGCCGGUACCUCCUGAGCGUCCUGUGGAUCACAGUCACCCUCCUCAUCGCCAUGUACGUCCCCGACAUUAGCAAAGUCAUCAGUGUGAUCGGGGGCAUCAGCGCUUUCUUCAUCUUCAUCUUCCCAGGCCUGUGUCUAAUGUUUGCCAUGCAGUCUGAACCCGUAUCCUUUAAGACCAGAGUGGUCCUGACCACAUGGGGGGCUGUUACCCUGGUCUGUGGUGCUUUCAUCUUCGGCCAAAGCACCACCAUCGCCAUCAUGCAGCUCCUGCACAAUAUCUGA